UAAACGUCGACCAAGUUUUGUUAUAAAUAAAUUGUCUUUAUUGACCAGUAUUUCCAAGUUUUCCUGCUAAAAAUGAAAAAUAAAAACCUGUCUUUUGUAUUAAUAAUAAUCGCCUUAAUAAAUUUUACCACUUAUGCUAAGUUGACCAAUGACACUCUAUGUGUAGACUGCAGGCCGGAAAGCAAGACACGCUGUAAAAUUGAAAGCGAAACAGGAUAUAGUUGCAAGCAUUGGACGAAGAAAAGUGAGAAUAAGUUAAUCUCUAUUUUGGACUUUUUGGAAGGAGAAAAGACCACUUCUACUGCAUGUCCAACGAAAGGUCCAACCCCAAAGCCCGAGGUAACCACUGAUUUGGACGUCUGCCUUCCACCAGACUUGAAUUUUACAGAAACUGGUUUUAAAGUAUGCUGCGUUUGGUCACCCGCUCUUGGAUGUCAGGUGCUAAUAAGUUCCAACUACACAAGUAGAUAUUGCCUUCAGUGCAGACAUGGUGUAGGAGAUGGUCUAGAGCCGUGUCCUUGCGUGUCUAUUUCAGCCAAACGCUAUUGCAGAACUUUGGAUGCCGCAAUCGCGGCAUAUACAGUAUUUUUGAUGAUCUACAUCUGAUGGGUUGUAUUGCAAGCCUAGAAACGUGUAUCCUUUCUGCAAACGAUCCUAGCUUAAUCAAGUAAAACUAAAUUUUAUGUUA